AUGUCUAAGAUCGCUACUGCCAUCUGCAUUGCUUUCGCCUGCCUUGCCAUGGCUUCGCCGACAGCACAAUCGCAAGCCAUUGGCGCAGAUAACAGCAGUGGCGAGGGAGGCUGUACACGCAUGUCGAAUGGCGGCUGGCGAUGCGUGCCGUCCAAAUAG